CUUCUUCCUCCCGAGACCGCCCCCUCCCUCCCUUGUUCCUGUAGAGUUCCAAAUAAAAGCCCACCUGCUUUCUUUUCCCGCGACCAUUUCCAGAAAAAGAGCUCACACUCCCACUCUCUAUCUCUCUCUCUCUCUCUCUCUCUCCUCACCCACACACGGAGCUAAGCAAGAGCCAGGGCCGAGAGAGGAGGGACCGCUCAAGUACAAUUCUAGCCUAGUUUGUUGAUCGCAGUUUGGUCUCCCGACCGAGAAUGAAUCCCUAGAAUCUUCUAGUAGAUCUUACGUCUACCACCACCUCUGCUUCUCUAAUUUAGGUCUCACGUACCCGAGCCAUGGAGAGAGGAGCAGGGAGUGGCAUCGGGGGCAUGCCGGGCGCUCCCCAGAACAUCCUGGACGCCGGAGCUCAGGAAUACUACCCCGCCAUCGCCGCCGCCUACCCGUUCCCGCCGCUUCAGCACCAGCAGCUCUGCUGCCCUCCAGUGACCUACCCGGUCAUGCCACCACCCGCUCCGAUGCAGAUGCCGAUGCCUAUGGCCAUGCCCAUGCCCAUGCCGCCGCCGCAGACCGUCGCGAUUUCGCAGCAAUUCGGGAUCCCCAUGCCGGCGGCUACCGCGACGGCGUCGGUCGACGGACCGCCGAGCCGCGCCGUCGUCCUCAGCCUCCUGCCGCCGCACACGCCGGAGGCCGAGGUGGCGCGCGCGAUGGCGCCCUUCGGCGACGUGCGCGCCGUGGACUCGCUGGCCCUGGCGUCCGAGGGCGUGGCCACCGUGCACUUCUUCGACCUCCGCGCAGCCGAGCGCGCUGUCACCGCCGUGCGGGAGCAGCACAUGCGGAGGCAGUGCCUCCUCAGCCAGCACUACGCCGCCAUGGGCGCCUGGCCUCCCCAGCAGCAGCCGCCGCCGCCGCCCGUGGACUGGCCCCAAGACGACGGCCUCGGCCUCGGCCUCGUCCUUGGCCAGGCCGUCUGGGCCAACUUCGCCGCCGGCUGCUCCCUGCCGGACGGCGGCCCCAACGGCGGCUCCCUCAUCGUGCUCAAUUGCCUCCCGGACGUCUCCCUUUCCGAGCUCCGCCAGGCCUUCCAAGCCUACGGUGACUUGAAGGAUGUGAGGGAGCCGGCGCAUCGGUCCAGCCACAAGUUCUUGGACUUCUUCGACUCGCGCGACGCCGCUCGCGCGCUCGCUGAGCUCAACGGCCGGGACUUCUUCGGCCACCGGCUCCUCCUCGAGUACACGCGCCCAUCCAUCCCCGGUGUCCGCGGGCGCGCGCACGUGCCGCAGCGGCCCAUGGCCCCGACGCCGCCGAGGCUACAAUCAACGUGGCGUCCCUUGCCGGCUCCGGCUAAACCGCCCCCUCCGGCGCCGGCGCCGCCGUCGUCCGGCGCAGGCAAAGCGAGGGAAGGGGUGGUGCUACUGAGGAGGAGCUCCCCUAAGUCCAGUGCGAGCGAUCCGUCCAAGGGUGGCAACAAUGCCGGCACGAGCCAAGAACGGAAGGGCAAACGCGGGAAGAACAUCACCAUUGUCGUCAACGCAACGUCGGCUUCGCCUUCCGAGUCGCCGUCGCCGGCGUUGGCGUCCGGCAAGCAGCCGUGCACGAAAGCAGUCGGCCGCUCAGGGAGCUGGCGAGGCCCCAAGGGCUGGAGACACGGCUGGGAGACGCGCUACGAGUUCAAACAGCCCGACGCCGACAACAACGUCGCCACUGCCGGAGCAGCCACCGACAGCAGCACGCAGGAACCGGAGACGCGGACCACCGUGAUGAUCAGGAACAUACCGAACAAGUACAGCCAGAAGCUGCUGCUGAACAUGCUGGACAACCACUGCAUCGAAUACAACAAGAAGAUCGAGGCCGGCGGAGGCGAAGGCGAGUUUGAGGGCCAGCCUUUCUCCUCCUACGAUUUCCUCUACCUCCCCAUAGAUUUCAGCAACAAGUGCAAUGUGGGGUACGGGUUCGUGAACUUGACCUCGCCGGAGGCAGCCGUGCGGCUGUACAAGGCGUUCCACAAGCAGCCAUGGGAGGUGUAUAACUCGCGCAAGAUCUGCCAAGUUACAUAUGCACGCUUGCAGGGCCUGGAGGCGCUCAAGGAGCACUUCAAGAACUCCAAGUUCCCCUGCGACAACGACGAGUACCUGCCCGUGGUCUUCUCGCCGCCGCGCGACGGCCGGCAGCUCACCGAGCCGGAGCUCCUCGUCCCCCGCACGCCGGUCUCGUCGUCGUCCUCGUCGCUGCCUGCCAACGUAGAUCCACUGGCGCUAGAGCUCAUGGCGCCACCCUCGUCUUCCGGCGACGGCGCGUCCUCCACAAUGUCCACCCACGCCGACGAGGACGUCCGCGGCGGCGACGGCAGCAACGAUGAUGACGACGACGGGCUCGGCGAGGAGCUACAGCGCCUAGGCUACACCGACUAGGUAGGCAUGCAGGCAGCCUGCGUAGCUAUACGAUCUCGUGAUCCAUGUAGCAGCAUUUGCUUCGAGAAGUGGCCGAGACAAGGCAACAACAAUCAUAGUUGCUGCCAAAGCGUAUCUCUGGGUGGGAUCUGCGAGUGAAGUGAAGAGUCACACAUUUAUGGCAUGUGAAUCAAAAUGGAACGACGACAGGAGUGUGGGAAAUGACUCGAGAAAAGAAGCGAUUUGAUGUCUGUUUCGAUGGACAGAUAGAGAGAGACUAUCAUCGUCGCCGUCGUCAUUCAUUCUUAGCUUGCAUGCAGGCGGAGACGUGUUCUUGUGGUUUUCGAUUUGAAGUAUCCAUCUUUGAAA